GAAGCGGAGGGGGAGGGCGUGAGGAGGGGAGCCAGUGGUUUGUGUCCCCCCUCUGGCGAACCGGAAUAUGAUAGCUCCGGGCGCUCCUUCUUAUGCAUGAAUACCUACCACUUCUCUUACUCUCUCGUAGUAGUUGUCAGUUCACUAUCGACUUACACCACUGUCUGUCAGUUAUCCAAUCCGCAGACAAUAAUUGCCGCAAACAAUGGCAUCACUAAUGAAAUUAAAUCACAAAAAAGUAGUUGGAAUAUCAGAGGAUCUCCUAAAGCGACCACUAAUACAGCCAUCAAUAGAUCCGAUGGCAUCAGAAGGAAAGGCAGCGAUCGGUUCAUCCAUAAGAUACUGGACAACACCGCUGGCGGUGAACACCGUGUGACCAGUCCUGGAAUCGCUGGUGACAUCAAUAGCAUAAACAGCGAUUUGGUCAACGGUUCGGCACAGACAUCAUCUCAAGACAACUCAAACAUUCACUCGAAUCGCAACAAUGAGACAAAAGGACUCCGAAGAAUGAAAGGAAUGUCAUAUUCUGUGACAGAUUUACGCCAAUUGUCCGAUAAGAAGGACUUUGAUUGGUUGGAAGUGUCCGACGACUUCCAACAGGAGAUCAAAGACAGGAGGCAUGAGAUGUAUAUCGCGGAGAUUGAAAUGGAUUCCUACCAUCACUUGGGAUCUACUCUUCGUAUAGAAAACGUGCGCCAAAUGAACGAAAGGGGAGUCAUUCGUAAGCCAUUGGUUUGCAAUACAAUUGUAAACAAACGGUGUCUCAAAGUGUGGCCAAUAAUAUGGACG